AAAAGUUUCAAGUGGAAACUUUCGCUGUUAAAGAACUGUAAGCAAUUCGUCAUUACGAUAUCUUAGUAGACUACAGUUAGCCAAUUUCAAUUCAGUAUCUUGUUUAAUAUUAAAAACAUGCUGUUUAUUAUUUAAACAAAAACAAUAAAUAAAUAAAAUAUUCGCGUAAUUAGUGCUACACUUUGAGUUCAAGUUUACACAACACAUUGUAAUCUCAUAAUAAACAUAGACUGAUAAAAUUUCUUCACAAGGUCAAUGACCUGUCAUCAGAAUUAUAAUUUUUAAAUUAUCUCAAAUAUCAAGUGCAACAUUGUGACUUAAAUACAAUUUUAUUCAACUUGUUUUUACAAUGAUAAAAUAACACAAAAAAAAACUCAUUUGAAUGUGUCUGUGCAAUUAUUACCGAUGGUUGAUUAAUGCAUGACAGUAUAUCGAACAUUAUUAUUAUUAUCUUUAUAAUGACCAAACUGUUAUUCAAACUUGCACUCGCGUGAUCAGUGUUUUAUAUAAGUUUUUUAAAAAUAUUUUAACAAGAUUUUAACGACUCAAAUUUAGCUUAAAAGUCACAUUUUUUAGUUUCUAUGUAACACCAAUAAAAUAUACUAUAAAUAUAAAUUAAACUAUUUAUAUAAAAAAGAACAUGUAGUGUAGGAUAUUAAAAUACAAGAUUUAUUAUUUAAUAAUUUAUUAUUUUUAUUGAGUGUUGGUUGAGACUUUGAUAUUGUAAAUUACAAUGUACUGCUUGUUAUGCCACAGUUGAACAUUCGAGUAUUUUUUUUUUUAUAAAUUAUAAGUUGAAACAGAUAAUAAAUCAUGACAGAAAUGGAUGAUAGAUGGUUUUUUCAUUGGACUGAUUGGCUUGUUUUUGGAUUGAUGCUGAGUUUUUCAGCAAUUGUCGGUAUUUGGCAUUAUCAAAAAGCAAAAAAAUCAACAACAAUUGAUUAUGCACUUGGUAAAUCAGGACUAAGUGUUUUUCCAGUUUCUGCAUCAUUAAUUUCCAGUUUUAUUUCGGGAAUAACUUUACUUGGAACACCAACAGAAAUUUAUAACUUUGGCACACAAUAUUGGGUAACAAUAAUUUCAAUUUUGUUUGCUGGAAUAAUUGUUGGAAAUGUUUAUUUACCGGUAUUCAUGAAAUUGAAACUCAAUUCUUGUUAUGAAUAUUUGGAAUUACGUUUCAAUAGAAGUGUGAGAGUAUUAAUAUCACUGAUAUUCGUUAUUGAUGUGGUUUUGUAUCAAUCGAUUGUCGUUUACGUUCCAUCAUUAGCACUUAAUCAAGUUACGGGAAUUAAUAUACAUUUGAUUGGAGUUAUUGUUUGCUCUGUUUGUGUAUUUUACACAGUGAUGGGUGGUAUUAGAGCUGUUGUUUGGGCUGAUGCAUUUCAAGUUUGUGUUAUGACUGCUGCAUUUAUAACAGUAACAAUUUUAGGUACUUAUGAAGUUGGUGGUCCAAGUGAAGUAUGGAAAAAAGCAUUAAAUUCAAAUAGAAUUGAAUUUUUAAACUUUGAUUUAUCAUUAUAUACAAGACACACUGUUUGGUCAGUAUUAUUUGGUUCUUGUAUGUAUAGUACAGCAUAUAUUGCUGUCAAUCAAACAGUUGUACAGAGAUACAGUUCAUUACCCAGAAUUAAAGAUUCAAAAAUAGCACUUACAAUAUUUACAAUUGGAGUUAUGUUUUUUAUAUCAUUGACAUGUUGGUGUGGGCUUGUUGUAUUAGCAUGGUGGUCAUCACCAAAAUGUGAUCCAAGAGCAUCAGGUCUUGUAAAAGCUGAUGAUCAAAUGUUGCCUGCUUAUGUCAUGCAAAUUGCUGGUAAAUUUUAUGGUAUACCAGGAUUAUUUGUUGCUGGUAUAUUCAGUGCUGCUUUGAGUACUUUAUCAGUUGGAUUAAAUUCAACUUCUGUUGUUUUGUUGGAAGAUUUUGUCAAAGGAACAUUUAGACUCAAACCAAAUGAUCGAUCAGCAACAAUUUUUGUUAAAUUUGUUGUUAUUUUAUUGGGUCUUGUUGCUCUAGGAUUGAUGUUUGUUGUUGAACAACUUGGUGGAGUAUUAGCUCUGACGAAUAGUCUAGCUGCUAUUGCUGCUGGUACAUCAUUUGGUGUAUUUUCACUUGGAAUGUUAAAUCCUUCAGCAAAUUCAAAGGGAGCAUUUAUUGGUGCUAUAACAGGAUUCAUCGUUGCUGGAUGGUCUAGCCUUGGUUCAAAUGCAAUGGUCGCAACUGGUGAUAUUAUUCCAAAAAAAUUGCCAGUUGAUCUUACGAGUAUUGGUUGUCCAAGUAAUAUAAGUCAAAGUUUUCUCAAUCAAUUUCCAGUUGACCAUGAUGAGAGUAACAUUUUUCCACUUUAUCGAUUAUCCUAUCAUUGGAUUUCACCAAUGGGCACAAUUGUCGUUAUCAUUGUUGGUAGUUUAGUUAGUUGGAUAACAAGAUCCUCAACUUCUGGCAAUAUUGAUCGUGAUCUGCUAUCACCUGUGAUACACAGGUGGGUGCCAAAAACAACAAAUUCAUUUGACCAAACAGGUCAACAUUAUCCUCUAAAAGAAGCACCAAGAUCAUCAAGGAAACCAUACGUACCAAGUGCAACAUAAAAUAAAUUAAUUUUCGUUGAGUUAAUUAAUGAAAAUAAAAAAUUUAUUAAAUUUUAUUUAAAUGUUAUAUAAACAUUUCUAUGAAUUUAUGGAGUGUUGAACAAGAUUAUAUAUUUGUAUAUAUAUUUCUUUCUCACUCACUCUUUUGAAAACUUUUCUAUGAGUAUAAACUGAGUUUGUUUGGUUUUCAAGCUCACAGCAGUCCAACCAGGAUAUUAAGGAAAAGCAACGACAAACAUCCUGAAUAAUGAAACACACGUUUACAUUUACUUACCAAUGAAAAAUUUUUUACUAUAUGAAUGUAUUUUAAUUAUUAACUGCCUUAUUUUCAUUUAAAAAACAAUUAAAUUCGUAAUUAUAUAUAAAUGAUAUAGUCAAAAAUAAUAAAACUUUUGAAAACUUAA